ACUGCUUGUCCCUGUGAAAUAAGAAGUUUAACUCUGUGGUGACUGAAAGAGGGGACACGCCAAUGAGCUUGGACACCGUGAACAGGGUGGUAGUGUGGGCAUCUUAUGUACAAGUGCAUGAACAGGAGAGGUGGGUGACUGUACACUCAACACUUUAUAAAAGAGGCAGGCAUAGAGUUAAAUUCUUCAUGAGCACCAGAGAGACAGAGGCAGAGAAGCUGUGUGUUGGAGGGGCUGACUUCAAAGAGCAGCAGGUCUUCUGACAGAGUUGGCCUCUAACAACUCUCCCCAGCACCCAGCACCCAGCAUGCGGAAAGGGUGGAGGAGUAAAAGGUUGCUGCUACAAAAAAAAAAAACAAGACACAGUACAGCUUCACUGACAUCAAAGGUUAGCUUGCCACCUAAAGCAUAGCAACGGCAACAGCAACAACCUGUAGCUGCUGCCCAGGGGGUGAAAGAGGAAACAGCACCCAGCGCUGAAGCCAGCAGUUAGCGAGAGAGUGCCCUGGGCAGGAGCCAUGGCCUGGCUGCCUUCCUGCUGGCUGUGGGUUCUGGUGCCUCUGGCGGGGCUCUCUGCUACCCUGGCCUCUCAGGCCUGCCCGAAGAAGCACUACUGGGCUCAGGGAAAAUGGUGCUGCCAGAUGUGUGAGCCAGGAAUGUUCCUCAAGAAGCACUGUGACGGGGAUAAACAGCCUGCUCAGUGUCAACCGUGUGUACUGGGGAUCUCCUACUCACCAGACCACAACUCCCGGUCCCACUGUGAAAACUGUCGGCACUGUAACUCUGGUCAUGUCGUUCGAAACUGCACCCUUACCUCCAACACCGUGUGUGCCUGCCCCAAGGGCCAGGAGUGCAGGGACAAGGAGUGCACCGACUGUGACCCCGCUCCGGGACCCUCGCUGACCCCUCGUCUAUCACGGGCCCCAGACCCACAGCCACAACCCACCCACUUACCUUAUGCCAAAAUGCUGGAGGCCAGGACAGCGAGGCACGCGCAGACUCUGGCUGACUUCAGCCCACCUGCCCCAGCUCUCUCCACUCAUUGGCCACGUGAGUUUUCUCCACAUUCCCCACCCCAGGAGAGAAUGCAUACAGGAGAGUCCAAGAGAGAAGCCAGCCAGAAAGUAACUAGGAGUGCAGCCCAGAGGUCCCAGUGCAGCUCAGAAUGCAUCCGCAUCUUUGUGAUCCUGUCUGGAAUGUUCCUUGUUUUCACCACAGUCGGAGCCCUGUUCCUCCAUCAACAAAGAAAAUACGGACUAAACAAAGGAGAAAAUCCCGUGGUGCCUGCUGAGCCCUGUCCUUACAGCUGUCCCAGGGAGGAGGAAGGUGAAGCCAUCCCCAUCCAGGAGGAUUACCGAAAACCUGAGCCUGCCUCCUACCUCUGAGCCAGCAGUCCCCAGAGAGGGGUCACCACUGCAAUGAAGGCCUAGCUUCCAGCACAGCGCACUGACCAUCCAGAAGCAGUGAGACCUGGCACUCCCUAUCUCAGUAGCAUGCUCUCAUCAGGACCCUUUCCUGUGUGCAGACUUGAGAAAGCACCUUUGAGACUGGCAGUGACGAGGACCCAUGGGAGGGCCAGGGUGGGAGGCAGGAUGUAUCCUGGCCCAGCCAGCUUCCCCUGGUGCUGGAGGGGCCCCGGCAUUCCAGUUGUAAUACGCACGUUAAGCCUACGAAAGGCCCGCAUGCUGUAUUUAGAACUCCUGCAAAAUAAAGUGACAGCCUGAUGCACACU